AUGCUGAAACCCGCGGCCCACCGCAGCCAGUGGGCGUUGGCCCUUCAGGGCGCCCCCGUGGGCCGCCGGGCCCCCCGCGCGGCCGUCCGCGCCGAGGCCCGCGAUGGCGCCCGGAUGCCCGGGCCCCUGCGGUCCGCGGCCACCGACACUGCCGGGGCGGGGGGCGAGACCGCGCUGGAGGCUGGAAACGGGGCGGCGCCGGGUGAGCAGGAAGUCAGGAUCGCGACAGUGAAGCGUGAGACCAAGGAGACCAAGGUUGAGGUGACGAUCAAUCUGGAUGGCACGGGCAAGUGUGAUGCCCAGACACCCAUCCACUUCCUCAACCACAUGCUUGAUCAAAUCUCAUCCCAUGGAUUAUUCGACCUGGUCAUCGAUGCAGAAGGGGACACCUGGAUCGAUGACCAUCACACCAAUGAAGACAUCGCCCUGGCGCUUGGGACAGCACUUGGAAUGGCACUGAAGGACCGCAAGGGGAUCCACAGAUUUGGAGACUUCAGCGCCCCUUUGGAUGAAGCACUGGUGCAUGUUGUUCUGGAUUUGUCCGGCCGGCCACACUUGAGCUUCGACCUGGACAUCCCUACUGAGAGGAUUGGCACCUAUGACACACAGCUUGUGGAGCACUUCUUCCAGUCGCUUGUCAACACUUCAGGAAUGACACUCCACAUACGGCAGCUGGCAGGCGAGAAUUCUCAUCACAUCGUAGAGGCGACCUUCAAGGCCUUUGCAAGAGCUCUGAGGCGAGCAACGGAGGCAGACCCUCGACGAGUAGGCAAGAUUGCCAGCUCCAAAGGCGUCCUCACACAGAACUAG